GGAACCAUUCCAUGAAAAUGGCCCCAAAUCUACAUGGAAACUAGCACGGGUAUGCAAAUUUCACCGUUACAUAUACGUAGUUUCCCAUUGGCGUGUCCAACGUACCGUCGGGUAGCGUAGGGGUAAAAGGGAAGCCAGUGGGUGAAGUUUGUGAGAGUGAGGAAGGAGGGACGAGGGUGCAGGAGAAUUGGAACAUGGAAGUGGGGGAUCCGUCGAGCAAGAAUAUGAGCACGAACAUGAAUAUCAGCGAGGCGACAUCGCUUCUUGUGAUGAAUAGGGAGAGAGACUCCAUUGAUUUGGAAGCAGGCCCUGCUGAUCAGAUUCAGUGCAGAAUAUGUCUCGAAACUGACGGCAGGGAUUUUAUUGCUCCUUGUAAAUGUAAGGGAACUUCAAAGUAUGUGCACCGUGCAUGUCUUGAUCACUGGCGAGCUGUAAGGGAAGGAUUUGCAUUUGCUCACUGCACAACAUGCAAGGCCCCUUAUCAUCUCAGAGUACAUGUUGCAGCAGACAGGAAGUGGAGAACAUUGAAGUUUCGGUUCUUUGUAACCAGGGAUGUCCUCUUCAUCUUUGCAGCUGUCCAGCUUGUGAUUGCAUCUUUGGCAUAUUCAGUUUAUUUGAUAGAUCAUCAUCAGCAAGAUUGGCUGCGUUUAGCCUGGGGGUUUGAGAGUAAAAUUAGGUUCUACUACAUAUUCGGAGCACUGUUAUUUUUUGCUUUGUUAGGACUCUCUGGUUGCUUCAUAACUUGUUAUGACCGUCGUGUACGUAAUGAUUUAGCACAACCUUGUCGGGAACUUUGUCUUUGCUGCUGCCAUCCAGGCAUUUGUGCAGAUUGUCAUUUACCAGGGACUAUCUGCAUGUGGACUGACUGUGCUGCAUGCUUUGAAAGUUGUGCUGGCACUGUAGGGGAAUGUGGUACAUGUUUGGGAGGUGCUGGUGAAGCUGGGGCACCAAUAUUACUCAUAGUAGGGCUUGUGACUCUGGGACUUUUUACUGUUGUUGGGAUCUUUUACAGUGUAUUGGUAGCAACAAUGGUUGGCCAGAGGAUAUGGCAGCGUCAUUACCACAUUUUAGCAAAAAGAAUGUUGACAAAAGAAUAUGUCGUUGAAGAUGUAGAUGGUGAGAUACUAGAUUCUGAUGGGACUCCACCUCCUCUUCCAGCUGAACAUGUUCAACAGCUUAAGUCACUCGGACUGCUUUAAUUAAAAAGUGUUUCUGCAAAACUGAAUAAAUGAGAGAUACGGAUCUCAGAUUCAAGUAUAUUACAGGGCUCUGCCUAACAUUUCUGUUCGUUUAUUACUGCCAAAUUUAGCUUCAACUAAAUACUUAACGGUGAGAAAAAUGUUGUGUAAGAGUCUCAAACAGAUUUCGAUUAAGAUUGUGACUCAUCAAAUCUGCCAAAAUAGCACUCUGUUAGUUAUCCAAUUAUUUAACUAAGUGCGCAUGCAUCCAUUGGGUCGUGAUGAUGGGCGAAAUGUAUAAGAAUGUAAUUGGCUUAUUAACCUAAAUCAAUUCUGAUGCAUUUUGUAAAGCUCACUUGCUAUCUUAUCUGUCAAUUUAUAGACGCUAAUUGCGGGUGAGAAUUUGAAUGUAAUGAUGGAGGAAUAAUGUUUAUGUAAUUAAGCUUGAAGUCUGGGCAAUGGCAAUAUAGAAUGGAGACAAAAUGGUUGGAAACAUGGAUAGGCACAGGUAUAUGUGCAAGGUUGUCAAUUGAAAAGUUAUUGUAUAAAUUAAAAACACCCAUAGGUGUUGUAGGUGUU